AUGGAUGUUUUCGCUCCACAGAUCCAGCCAGGAGAGGCCUUCACUGUGUACCACACCAGCCCGACGCUCUCCAGCUUAUGCAAACCAGUGGUGCUUUGGACCCAACAGGACGUGUGUAAGUGGCUGAAGAAACACUGUCCCCACAACUACCUGACCUACGUGGAGGCCUUCUCUCACCACGCCAUCACAGGUCGUGCCCUGUUGCGGUUGAAUGGAGAGAAGCUGGAGAGGAUGGGUAUAAUCCAAGAGACACUGAGACAGGAAGUCUUGCAGCAGGUCCUGCAACUACAGGUCAGAGAGGAAGUGCGUAACCUACAGCUGCUCAGCAGAGCUUCCUUCGGCAACAUUUCUUAGCUCGUCUAUCCUUCUGGCAGCUCUCUCGACUUCCCGGCAGACACGGGAGGCCUUGUUCCAAACUGCUACAGACAGAAAGAGAGAGAGCGAAUCUGCCUGGAGGUGGAGCUGUGGAGGAGACUGUUAACUCCAAUAUAACAGACAGGACCGUCUUUUUAUGCAGAUCUGAAUGGGGUUUCAAAGACUCAAAUGGACAAAGUCGGACUCUAAAACUGUAAUAUAGUGACAAGAUUCAAGUCUCACCUCAUCUCUACAAAACCCAGAGCACCAACCAGAGCUCUGUCAGACAAUAAUGAGGAUACGGAUUGGAUCAAGAUACUGACUUUCAAGACGUUGACUUAAAGUUGAUCUCAGAUCCAAAUCUGAAGAUGGACAUUGAUCUCAGAUCAUGUUAAGAAGCGAUUCAUCUCAGCAGCCUUGAUUCCCCAAGUGUUUGGAUGAUGUCUGACAGACCUGCUCUUUUAUCACUCAUUUAACAUGGACGUAGAUGCAAUGCUGAAGAAAUCCUUUUUCUACAAGUGUGGAAACAGACAAUUCCUCCUCCUACCUCUCACGAUAGAUUGUAUCAUUUCAUUUGCUGAGAAUUAGAUAUAGAAUAUAGGGCAUGACGUUUGAUUAUCCAGCAUCUUCCCAUUCCUGACUUCAAGCUAAAGGGAUGUUCACACUGACAAAAACAAUGACUACAUGAUCUGAAGCUGGAUGGUACGGACAAUUUGUUUGAAAAUGAACACUGAAUGUCAUCAUUUUGCUUUUCUUCUCAGGACGUUCAAGAGCUUCGUAUAUUGUUCCUGCUGUUACCUUCAUAAACACGCUUU